UGUGUUUUGAAGCAAACAUUGGGUUAUUUUACAAAAAGUAUUUAUCCAAAUAAUAUUGUUGAAUUUAUUGUGUUCGAAACAUUUAAAGAGCCGAGCGAGCAAAGCUAAAUUUGUGAGAGAUUGUUACGAACGCGAGGCGAUUGCAUCGAGUUGGCAGCAUUGCCGAAUGCUGAGGUGCGAAGCAGUGUGCAAAAGCAAAGCGAAGAGAACGCAGCGCAGCCGAAAAAAAAAUUUUUGGAAGCAGUAAAGCAGCGCACUGCACGCGAUAUAUUUUUUAUUUUCAAAAGAUUGAAGCUAGUAUUAAACAAUUUAGCGGAUCAACGUGCCGGGCAGCCGAACUGCGAGAGUUGAGCGUACGUAUGUGUGUGUGGGUGCAACAGCGAGCAUAACCACCGCAAAAGCAACAACAACAAAAACAAAACGAGCAACAAAGCAAAAGACUGAUAAAGCAACAGCAGGGAAUAACAAAGAUUUGAAGCAACAACGUUAACCUUUGUCGUUGUAGGCUAACACACAAAAUACGUCGGCUUGAGUGCGGCGAUUGGCGGGGCGAGUACUGUAGUAUCAAUUACAACAGCAACAACUACAACUAGCUGCACAAAAGAGAUGGACACCGGCGAACACAGGGUUAACAAAAUGGACGAUCUUAUGGUCGAAGUGCGACUCGAUAAUGGUGCCUACUACAAGGGCCAGGUGACAGCUGUCGGCGAUGAUGGCGUCUUUGUGGAUGUGGACGGCGUGCCUGAGGUGAUGAAAUACGCAUUCGUCAAUGUUCGCCUGCCGCCCGAUGUAGCUGUCGUUGCGGCGACCAGCUUUGAGGAGGGCAUGGAGGUGGAGGUAUUCACGUGCCCAAACGAACGCGAUACGUGCGGCUGGUGGGUGGCUGUCAUCAAAAUGCUUAAAGCUGAUAUUUGUGCGGUCGCAUACAUUGGUUUCGAGACGCCCUACACCGAAAUCUGUGACUUGGGCAGAUUGCGCGCCAAAAAUCCAAAUCCGCCAAUUACGCCCAAAUCGUUCUAUCAGUUCACGCUGCCCGUGCCCGAAGAGCUGCGCGAAGUAGCUCAAAAGGAUGGCAUAUUCAAGGAGUUUCAACGCAGCAUCGAUGCAGCUGUUUGUAACUAUAAUCGCGAUAUAGAUGCCUUAAUUGUCAUCUCGAAAUGGGAACACACUCAGAAGCGGGCCAGCAUGCUCAAGGAUAUGCAUUUUCGUAAUCUCUCACAAAAGGGUAUGCUAUUGAAAAGGACUGAAGAAGCUGCGCGUCAGCUCGAAACGACCAUGCUUAUGAGUCGUGGCAACUUUAUCGAGGAAUUUCGUGUGCGCGAUGAUCUCAUGGGCCUGGCAAUUGGCUCACACGGCACCAAUAUACAAGCGGCACGCACGCUGGACGGCGUUACGAAUAUUGAGGUAGAGGAAAAAUCGUGCACAAUCAAGAUAAGCGGCGAGACAGAGGAGUCGGUGCAGCGGGCACGAGCCAUGCUCGAAUAUGCCGAGGAGUUCUUUCAAGUGCCCAGAGAGCUGGUUGGCAAAGUGAUUGGCAAGAAUGGUCGCAUCAUACAGGAGAUCGUGGAUAAAAGCGGAGUGUUUCGAAUCAAGGUGAGUGCUAUCGCUGGCGAUGACGAACAGGAUCAAAAUAUACCACGCGAGCCAGCGAACGUACCCUUUGUGUUCAUUGGCACCAUGGAAAGCAUUGCGAAUGCUAAAGUGCUGCUGGAGUAUCAUCUGUCACACCUGAAGGACCUGGAGCAACUGCGCCAGGAGAAGAUAGCAAUCGAUCAAAAGCUGCGCGCCAUACAGGAGUCCUCGAUGGGCUCCACACAGAGCUUCGCUGUGUCGCGGCGCUCAGAGCGUGGCUACAGCAGCGAUAUUGAAUCUGUGCGCUCGAUACGUGGCGCCGGCGGUGGUAGUCAGCGCGGUCGCGGUCGCGGCCGUGGCGGCGGUGGCAAUAACAUGAAUCGCUAUCACAACAAUCGGCGUGAAGACGAUGACUACAACUCCCGCGGCGAUCAUCAGCGCGACCAGCGCUACAAUGAUCGCAACAGCGGUGGCCCACCAAAUGCUGGCAACAACGGUGGUGGUGGUGGUGGUGGCGGUAGCGGCAGCGGUGUCAGUGGCGGUGGCGGUGGCGGAAGUGGAGGCAUCCAAAACUAUCGCGGCGGCAAUGAUCGUCGCGGUAUCAAUCGCCGGCCGCCACGCAACGAGCAGAACGGCAGGGACUAUCAGUACCACAACCACACCGAUGAGAUGCGAGAGACGCGCGAAGUGAGCAGCGUGGAGCGUGCGGACAGCAACUCAUCGUACGAGGGCAGCUCGAGAAGACGCAGAAGGCAAAAAAACAACAAUGCGCCCGGCAACAGUGAGUAUGCAAAUGGCGCGUUGGGCAAUAACAACAACAACAACAACAACAAAUCACAGCAGCAGCAGCCGCCAUCAGCGUCGUCUUCGACGUCAGCACAGCAACAACAGCAGGCGCCAGCACAAUCGAACAAAGCGCCGCUGAAUGCCCAGGAGAACAGCAAACAAAGCAGCGGCAAUGCGAACGCCUCGACUGGCAAGUCGAAGGAUGCGCCGCGGAAUAGCGACAAGCAGCAGGCGGCCACACAGCAGCAGCAACAGUUGCUGCCGCAGCAAGCACAACAGCCACAGGGGCCACAGCAACAGCAGCAGCAGUCAAAGCCCAGGCGCAACAAUAAGAAUCGCAACAACCAUGCGGAUCAGGCGGUUACUACGGAUGUCAUCAAGAAGGAGGGAUUGGUCAAUGGUACGUCCUAAUUAGCAGCAGCAACAGCACCAGCAACAACAACAUUACGGCAACAGCAACAACAACAAACACAAACAAAAUGCAAAUCGUUCGUUUAACAACAUGUUGUAUAUGCGCAUCAGGCAGGAGACAAACACACACAUACACAACAAGCAGGCAGAUAAAUAAAUUUUAAAGUUUAUGUCGUUAACAAAUCGCCGCAGCUCAGCAGAACACAUACACACACACACACAUACAUACACAACAUAACGAAACAACCAACCAACAACCAACAAACAGAACAACGUGUAGAGUAGGCAUAAAUAACAAAAUGUUUGAAAAACUAUUUCGAGUAACUAAAAAAUAAACACAAGCAUAUAUAAUU